AUGUCAGGUCGGCGUGUGGCCACACCGUUACAUUGUUCAGUGCUUGUACCAUGCGCAACAUGCUAUCCUUUUUUGCUGGACCAAUCCACCUUUAUUAACAGCAUCCCAUUUACCUGUGUGAUAAUGAACUCCGUAAUGCAAGGGUGGUUUUCCGAAGUGUCUUCUGAUUUCCCCGGUCAGGCCUUCAGCCUGCAGAUUAAUGAGGUUUUGUUCGAGGGCAAAUCCGAGUUUCAGGAUAUCCUCAUCUUCAAAAGUGCCACCUUCGGACGCGUCCUGGUACUUGACGGACGUAUACAGCUGACCGAAAAGGAUGAGGCUUUUUACCAAGAAAUGAUUGCCCACAUUCCCCUGAGUGUGCAUCCCAACCCACGCCGCGUCCUAAUCAUCGGUGGUGGCGAUGGUGGCGUCGCAAGGGAGGUCAUCCGACAUCAAUGCGUAGAACACGUUGACCUUGUAGAGAUCGAUGAUAUGGUGCUCAAACUGUCUUGCAAGUAUCUCCCCUUUACUGCAUCGAGUUUAGACCACCCCAAGGUCUCCGUUCAUGUUGCUGAUGGUUUCGCUUUCCUGAAGGAACAUGCGGCCAAGGGAGAGAAGUAUGAUGUUAUUAUUACGGAUUCCACCGACCCCGGCGGUCCUUCUACUCCACUCUUCAACAAGGAGUACUUCCAACUGCUGAGUCAAGCGCUUACGGACGAUGGAAUCAUUUGCAAUCAGGGUGAAUGUCUGUUUCUGGAUCUGUCCACUAUUAAGGGAAUGGCCGGUUUCUGCAGGGACGUGUUCCCGAAUGUGAGGUAUGCCUACAACAUCAUUCCAACCUACACUUGCGGUCAUAUUGGCUAUAUUAUCGCGUGCAAAAAUGCGAACAUUGAUCUUUGCGAAGCGGGUCGCGAGCCGCCGGUUGACUGCAAAUUCUACACCAAGGCGGUGCAUAGAGCUGCUUUUGCAUUGCCAAAGUGCUAUGAGGAUGCUCUUCGUCCGUUUCUGAACGCGUAA